AUGAGUCAUCUGAAUAUCCUCAUCCGACCCGUGCUCUUCCUUCUCAUCGUCGCUGCUCUCUCCCACGCAUAUAGCGGAAAAGCAAAACGUUCAUUGGAUAUUUUUGAUGGUGGAAUGGGAGGAGAAAUGAAACUUCUCGCCCAGCCAAAGCCAACCAGAAUGCCCAAUAAUGCUCGCAAGAAUGGGGACGGGACGGUGCCUCAUGUGAAGCUGUCUCUGGAUAGUUUGGAUGGGAAUGGAAUGGGAGCCGAGAUGCAU